CUUGUCCCCUCAGCCUAUCAUGGCCUAAUACCAAAAAGGGCGGCACUUAACAUCGCGCAGGACCUGAAGUCCCACAGUCGAGCAAACCAUUUAAAUCAGUGAGGCACCUACUGCUGACCCUGCUCGUCGUUCGUUGUGCCGUUGCGUUCCUGAUCUCCUCCCCUCUCCGGGGACAUCAUCCGACAUGACCUCCGACGUAUCGUCGACAAUUACCUCCUUAAGCAGCAUAUUCACACCCCCCGCCAGUUGUUCUACUGCUUGGACAUAUGAGGGCUCCUACUACAACCAGAUCUCCAAUGGCCUGCUGCUUCAAAACGCGGUCUAUAUAGAUUCAUCCUGCUUCCCCGCCGGGUUUGGCAACGCCGGGCGGGUGGCUUAUGGCUCCAUCUACAGUCCCGACUGGUGCCCGGAAGGAUAUACUUCCCCCCAAGUGAACAUUGCGGGCACUGCCACGACCGCGGUGUGUUGCAUAUCAGACUUCAGUUACUACACAACUCCCACGACCGUCGGGGACCUCAUCUCUACCAACGUGGUGUUUGCUGGAUGUCUAAGCAUGUAUCCUGCAUCUGCCGGAGAAACGACUGUUCCCUGUCGCAACGAUACUGCCAAAACAUGCACCACUGUCGUCUCGGGCCCCAUUACGAUGUGGGCUCAACCCAUCACCGUCGCCUUUAACGCAGAGCAAGCUAGCGAAUACAGCGCGAUCACAGCCUCGACAACCACCUCGUCUACCACGUCACAAUUGUCAGCUGGGGCGUCCGUCACCAUGGUGCAGGCCUCGGCCACCACGACCGCGACGACCGCGACGGCAACGGCAGCGAGCGCCUCAGGUAACAACGGUCUAUCCACGGGAGCAAAGGCAGGAAUCGGUGUUGGCGUUGCAGUGGGGGCCUUGUUAAUCAUCAAUUUCUUUGCGCUUUUCUGGCUCAAACGUCGCCGAAGGCCCGUCAUGGAUUACAACAACGGAUACAUGUAUCCACCACCGCCAAAGGGUGCCCGUCAAACGAGGCUUGUGGAACUGUAUUCAGGUCAUCGCCCAGCUGAGAUGGCAGAUCCAGAUGGAAGGUACCUUAGCAGGUCUGAGCUACAGGGAUGAUUGGAGGGAUGCAGCUCGUGCAUGUCAUGUCAUUCUCCUGUAUAUUUUUGAUUGAAACUUCGCUGUCAUUUCAAGCGUACCAUGAUACCAAGAGCUGGUUACAGAACUGGCCGUAAUUCAGGCGGCAUUAUCAGGCGUGUCAUGAUUUUAUCUUUUCUUUAAUCUCCAGCCCCCAGCCAUGACUACAAUUUUGUAUCCAUCCGUCAGAUAUACCCAGCCUCAAAACCUUCAACCUACAAGUACAUAAUCUAUGCUUUGAUCAUUACGAGAUAAUAGCAAUCACACCAUCCAG